CCGGCACACAGACUCGGGAGUUUAUCGAUAAGCCGUGCUAAUUUACGGUAUUCCGUAAUAAAGAGUCGUCUAGCACAAUAAGGUGCUUAUUAAACGCGUUUAAAGAGGAGAAUUGAAUCUCGUUAUUGAUAACCCAUCUGUUUGUUUACUAUUUGUGUGUGUGCUUGUUUUUUUAUUUAACUGGCCUUGAUUGAUUCUCUCCCUUCGUUUACUGUCUUUCCAUCGUUUUUUAUUUUUUAUUCACAGGUUUUUUAAAACUCUGUUCUAAUAACGAAAUCCUUUUAUUCUUCGAUUCACGUUAAAUUUUGAUUUCAGAUCCUAUCGUUUUAUUAAGAAAUUUCUGUUAUGUCUUCUAACGAUCCUGGAUCCAGCAUUCAGCGGGUUCAAUCCGCUACAUCGCAUCCAGAAAUUUAUCCAACAUUAAGCAACACAUCCCAGAAUCAUGCUACACCUAAUAAUGCUGCACUAAACUUUUUCCCUGGUCAGACAGGAUCCGACUCACAGCCUGAGAUUGGCCAUCCUCAAGGCAACAAUAUUCCAGACAGCGAGCAACCCGUAAGUUCCUCCCAUUCCUCCGCUAGAUUCCCCCAAGAUGGACCGGAUUUGGAAAAACAACAAUCUUACGGAAAGGUUUAUCCAACAGUAGACAAUCCUGAAGAUUUUGUUUUUAAAGUCGACCCAUCCAGUCCAGAUUUUGCUUCCAACUGGUCCACUGCUCGUAAGUUAAAAAUUACUGCUAUUUAUUCCUGGGCUGCCCUUUGUGCAUCUUUUGCCUCUUCCGUCUUUUCUGGUCCUACAGAAGUUAUUCCCAAACUCUACCAUAUCGGUAUGACCACUUCGCUUUUGGCCAUUAGUUUAUUUAUCUGUGGUUAUGCUGCUGGUCCCAUUUGCUGGGGUCCUCUAUCCGAGUUAUAUGGCAGAAAGCCCCCUUUGGCUGUUGGCAUGUUGGGUUUUGGUAUUUUCAACAUUGCUGUGGCUGUCGCAAAAGAUAUUCAAACAAUUAUGAUUUGUCGGUUUUUUGGUGGUUUCUUUGCUAGCGCUCCUUUAACCAUUGUCGCCGCUGCUUUUUCGGAUAUGUACAGUAAUCGCUAUCGAGGUACCGCCAUUACCAUUUUUGCUGCUCUCGUGUUUGAGGGUCCUUUAGUAUCUCCAAUCAUUAGUGGUUUCCUUACCAAGUCCUAUCUGGGUUGGAGAUGGACCGAGUACAUUACUUCGUUUAUGGGAUUCUUCGCCGUUGUCAUUAUCGUAUUAUUUUGUGAUGAAUCCUAUGCAAAGAAGAUUGUACAAUCCAAGGCCCAGCAGUAUCGUUUGGAAACCAACAACCAUUUUGUACAUGCAAAGAGCGAAGAGGAGACAUUAACUCCUAAAGAUGUCCUUUUCAAUUACUUGUUGAUUCCGCUUAAGCUAUUGUUUACUGAACCCAUCGUCUUUUUGGUCACUCUUUACUGUUCUUUCGUAUAUGGUAUUUUGUACUUGCUUUUGGAAGCUUAUCCAAUUAUCUUUGCUGAGAAACGCCAUUUCUCGAUGGGUGUUGCCCAACUUCCCUAUAUCGGUUUGCUUGUAGGCGUCUUUAUUGGAAGUGCUAUUAACAUUGCAUUUGAGCCUUGGUACUUCCGAAAGGUUAAACAGUUUGGCGGAAAACCGUAUCCCGAAGGUCGUUUAGCACCUUUGAUUGUUGGUGCCUUCACUUUCCCUGCUGGUAUUUUCUGGAUGGCAUGGUCAGGUAACUAUGCACAUGUUCAUUGGAUUGUUCCCACUUUGUCUGGUCUAGUUACUGGUUGUGGUAUAUUGUUAAUUUUCUUGAAUUGCAUGACCUAUUUAAUUGACGCUUAUUUAUUCCGUGCUGCCUCUGCAAUUGCUGCAAAUACCAUUAUGCGUAGUGGUGUUGCUGCAGGAUUUCCUUUAUUUGCCAUCCAAAUGUUCCACAAUUUAGGAGUUGGGUGGGCUGGUUCUCUUUUGGGGUUCAUUGCCGUUGCCUUGAUUCCAGUGCCUAUUAUCUUUUGGUUCUUUGGUAGAAAGAUUCGUUCUUGGAGUAAAAUGGCUGUUAUGCUCUAGACACCAAGAUAUUAUUUGUAUUAUCGCUGGUGAAAGUGGAUGCAACGUCGAUCUGCUAGAGCACAUACUCAUUAUUUUGGAUGUUCUUCGAAAAAAAAGAAUUGACUGUUAUUAAGCCAAUCAGUUCAGUUUGGAAGGAAAAGUGAAUAAGGGAAAAGAAGAAAGUAAUUAAAAGAAAGAUAGAAAGAAAAAAGUUCCAAAAAUAAAAAGCAGAUACGUGGGUCGUCGCAGAUGGUAUCCUUAAUCCUUGACAUGUGCACAUGGGACCACGAAAUGUAUGAACUACGGCGAUAAAGUUCCUAUGGUUUUGUUCUUCUCACUAAUAAUAAUAUGUUUACUUAUGCUUUGAUAGUUUAAUCAAUUUAAUUCUUGAGUCAUAUCGACUAAAUGCAAAAA